UGUUCAUCACUGGGCCGCGGCCGACAACGAAGUAAAACUGCACAUUUUUCUAAUUAUUUAUUGCUUAAACAAAACUUAUCAGCAAGAUGCCGCGAAUUAUGAUAAAGGGCGGCGUUUGGCGCAACACAGAGGAUGAGAUUCUCAAGGCGGCUGUAAUGAAAUAUGGCAAGAAUCAAUGGAGUCGUAUUGCCUCGCUGCUACAUCGAAAGUCGGCAAAGCAGUGCAAGGCGCGUUGGUAUGAGUGGCUGGAUCCCAGCAUCAAAAAGACGGAAUGGUCGCGCGAGGAAGACGAGAAGCUGCUUCAUUUGGCAAAACUGAUGCCUACGCAAUGGCGUACAAUAGCUCCGAUCAUUGGACGUACAGCUGCGCAGUGCCUAGAGCGCUACGAAUAUUUACUAGACCAGGCGCAACGUAAAGAAGAUGGCGAAGACACAAUGGACGACCCACGCAAAUUGAAGCCGGGAGAAAUUGACCCCAAUCCCGAAACAAAACCGGCACGACCGGAUCCCAAAGACAUGGACGAGGAUGAACUAGAGAUGCUUUCGGAGGCACGCGCGCGUCUGGCCAACACGCAGGGCAAAAAGGCGAAGAGGAAAGCACGCGAAAAGCAGCUUGAAGAGGCGCGCCGGCUUGCCACAUUGCAAAAGCGCCGUGAACUGCGCGCUGCCGGAAUUGGUAGCGGCAAUCGGAAACGCAUUAAGGGCAUCGACUAUAAUGCCGAAAUUCCCUUUGAAAAGCGACCUGCUUCGGGCUUCUACGACACUUCUGAGGAAGUAAUACAAAAGAACGAACCUGAUUUCAAUAAAAUGCGACAGCAAGAUCUGGAUGGGGAAUUGCGCUCCGAGAAGGAGGAGCGCGAACGUAAGAAGGACAAGCAGAAGCUGAAGCAGCGCAAAGAAAAUGAAGUGCCCACCGCCAUGCUGCAAAAUAUGGAACCGGAGCGUAAGCGCUCCAAGCUCGUCCUGCCCACGCCCCAAAUAUCCGAUAUGGAGCUGCAGCAAGUUGUCAAAUUGGGCCGUGCUAGCGAAACAGCAAAGGAGAUUGCCGGCGAGAGCGGUAUUGAGACGACAGAUGCCCUUCUUGCAGACUACACUAUAACUCCGCAGGUGGCAGCCACACCGCGCACUCCAGCACCAUACACGGAUCGCAUAAUGCAAGAGGCGCAGAACAUGAUGGCGCUGACGCACACAGAGACACCACUGAAGGGCGGCCUGAACACGCCACUGCAUGAAUCAGACUUCUCGGGUGUGCUUCCCAAGGCGGCGGCCAUUGCAACACCCAACACAGUCAUAGCGACGCCGUUUCGCACUCAAAGAGGUGGUGCCGAAUCGUCCACACCUGGCAGUUUUCUCACCCCCUCCUCCGGCGCGUUGGUGCCUGUAGGCGGUAAGUCAAUCCCUGGAGCUCCAACACCAGCACUAGUUCGCGAUAAGCUGAGCAUUAAUCCAGAGGAGAACAUGAGCGUUACAGAGACGCCCGCACUCUACAAGAAUUUUCAAAGGCAGGUCAAGUCAACACUGCGCGAAGGCUUGGCCACACUACCGGCACCGCGAAAUGAUUACGAGAUUGUGGUGCCCGAUCAGGAGGACAGCGAGGCUAUGGAGACUGAUGCCGAGCCCGUCGUCGAGGAUCAGGCGGACGUGGAUGCACGACUGCUCGCUGAACAGGAAGCAAAGCGAAAAUGUGAGUUGGAGAAACGCUCUCAGGUCAUUCAACGCAGCCUGCCCCGACCCACCGAGGUCAACACCAAGAUACUGCGGCCCCAGUCGGAGAAGCAAAAUCUCACAGAGCAACAGCAGGCAGAGGAGUUGAUCAAGCAUGAAAUGAUCACAAUGUUGCUGUACGAUUCAGUGAAGGACCCGGUUCCCGGCCAAUCACAGCACAAAAUGGAUCAACUACAGAGCUACUUCAAGGCGAACCCGUACGAGGAAAUUUCCAAACAGGAGCUGGCCAAAGCCAAGGAAAUGCUGAACGCCGAAAUGGAGCUGGUAAAGGAGGGUAUGUCGCAUGGUGAGCUGCCACUCGAUGUUUACGGCCAGGUGUGGCAAGAAUGCCUUGGCCAAGUUCUGUACUUACCCUCACAGCAUCGGUACACGCGUGCCAACUUGGCCAGCAAGAAGGACCGACUGGAGUCGGCCGAGAAACGUUUGGAGCAGAAUCGUCGCCACAUGGCCAAGGAAGCCAAGCGCUGUGGCAAAAUUGAGAAGAAGCUGAAGAUCCUCACAGGCGGCUAUCAAGCGCGAGCACAGGCGCUGAUCAAGCAGCUACAGGAUACGUAUGCCCAAAUCGAACAGAAUUCACUGUCUCUCUCCACAUUCCGCUUUCUGGGAGAACAGGAAGCCAUCGCAGUACCACGUCGCUUGGAGUCGCUUCAAGAAGACGUGCGCCGCCAAAUGGAUCGAGAAAAAGAAUUACAACAGAAGUAUGCCAGCCUAGUCGAAGAGCGCGACUCGCUCUACACUCAAAUCGAGCAGAUAACAGGGGUCAGACCCACGGCAGAGCAGCUGCUGGGAGUAAAACCGGACGCAGAGAUGCAGGCCUAAAGAGCUCUCCAUAUUAAAACCAUUUAAUGUUAUCUUCUCCCAAAUGCAAAUAUAAUUUACUUUAGUAUGUUCAAA